AUGCCGAGCGCGAAGCGACAGCCAAAGAAGAAGACGGUCCCGCAGUUCAACCCGCUCGCGAUGCACCCGCCAUGGCUUGAUGCAGCGCCGCCGCUCGAAGUACCACCGCCCUCAAGCAAACUGUGGUCUGAAGCUUCGCCAGCCACCGAGAGCCAGUCCGCUAAUCUCGCCCAAAGCGCUUGCGAGUCCGCGGCCCAUGAGUCUGACGCCCUACCAGAUAAGGAGACUAAGAAGAAAGGCUUGACGGGAUUACCGCGAUCGAUCAGCGAUCGUGUCCUGACGUACUUCAAGUCUGGCAAAGCUUCAGAGGAGGGAAGCGCCAAGCUGGAGAAGACCGAGGAGGAGGGACCGGGAGGGGAGACGCUGAAGUUCCAUGAGACAGAAACAGACGAGGAGAAGGCAGGAGAGGCGAGAAACUGA